GCCGAGGCCGCGGGGGGGUCCGACCCGGCCGGGCCGAGCACGGCCCUACGCGGGGACGGUGUCCCGGGCGGGGGGGGACCGGCGGUGGGGGCUGCGGCGGGGGCCGGGGCACGGAGGAGCACGCUGGUGGAGGGGCUGCGGGCUGAGGGUUCGGCGCGGCUGAGGAGGAGGGAUUAGGGGGAAAGGAGGAGGGACGGGGCGGCCGGGCUGUGCGGAUCCCCCCGGCGGCAGCCGGGCAGCGGGAGGGGAUCGCCGGCAGCACUGGCGUGGCUGUCACCCCUGUCCCGGAGGGCUCCGUGGGGGCUGAUCUCUGCACGGCCGGCGCUGCGAUCCGCGGGGCCUGGAGAGGGACAGGAGCUCGUUCACGGCUGUGAGGCUGCAGGUCACCUCUGCCUAAAGGGAGAUUUAUGCCAGCGCAGGCUGGGCAUAUUCCCUUGUGGAUUCCAGUCAAGUGUCUACUUUCCUGAUUUCUAUUCUCCUCAUAGUCUACGGCAGUUUCAGGUCUCUGAACAUGGACUUCGAGAAUCAGGACAAAGAGAAGGACAACAGCAGCGCCGCUGGGUCCUUUAAUGGCAACAGCACCAAUAACAGUAAGGGUAUUCAAACCAUCGAUUCCACCCAGGCCUUGUUCCUGCCCAUCGGAGCCUCCGUGUCUCUCCUAGUUAUGUUCUUCUUCUUCGACUCAGUUCAAGUUGUCUUUACAAUAUGCACAGCAGUCCUUGCAACAAUAGCUUUUGCUUUCCUUCUGCUCCCGAUGUGCCAGUACUUAACACGGCCUUGCUCACCUCAAAACAAGAUUUCCUUUGGCUGCUGUGGGCGUUUCACUGCUGCUGAGUUGCUCUCCUUUUCUCUGUCUGUGAUGCUUGUCCUUAUCUGGGUCCUAACUGGCCACUGGCUCCUAAUGGAUGCUCUGGCCAUGGGCCUGUGUGUUGCAAUGAUAGCCUUUGUCCGGCUGCCGAGCCUGAAGGUUUCCUGCUUGCUGCUCUCUGGGUUAUUAAUUUAUGAUGUCUUUUGGGUCUUUUUUUCUGCCUACAUCUUUAACAGCAAUGUUAUGGUGAAAGUGGCCACACAACCAGCUGAUAACCCCCUGGAUGUGUUAUCCCGGAAACUUCACCUGGGACCAAAUGUGGGCAGAGAUGUUCCCCGUCUGUCGCUGCCUGGCAAACUUGUGUUCCCAAGUUCCACAGGCAGCCACUUCUCCAUGCUGGGGAUUGGAGAUAUUGUGAUGCCAGGGCUUCUGCUCUGCUUCGUCCUGCGUUACGAUAACUACAAGAAACAAGCCAACAGUGAUUCCUGCGGUGCCCCAGGACCAGGGAACAUCUCUGGGCGUAUGCAGAAGGUCUCUUACUUUCACUGCACACUUAUUGGCUAUUUUGUAGGUUUAUUAACUGCAACAGUAGCUUCUCGUAUUCACCGGGCAGCCCAGCCUGCCCUGCUCUAUUUGGUACCAUUCACUUUAUUGCCACUCCUCACCAUGGCCUAUUUAAAGGGCGAUCUACGUCGCAUGUGGUCUGAGCCUUUCCACUCCAAGUCCAGCAGCUCCCGUUUCCUGGAAGUAUGAUGGAACGGACAGGAAGUGACCUGAACUUCUGCCUUGGUCCUUUUCACUUUAACUUGUGGCUUUGUUGUCUCCUAAAGCUGGACUGGCUGGUACUUGGGAACGUACCAGCGAUGGGACACGUAUGAAAGGACUUUGUAUUAAAGGAGGGAAAGAAAAAGCUGAAAUCCCAGAGCUCCGUGUGACUCCGUAUCUCCCUGCAGAUGUGGAAUUGGGGACCCUUUGUGCAACUGCAGCCACUUUCCUCUUUUCCUCACUCGGACGGAUUAGUACCAGACUAUUACCUUUGUGAGAGAGGAAGAGACACACUUGAAACUAAAAACGGCUUGAAGUCGUUCAAAAACUUGAACACUAAACGCAAAAACAGUUAAACAAACUGAGGCUUCUUCAGAGAACCCCUCGUGGACAUUGGGACCAGUUUCCUGCAGGACUUCGGUUUUGAAAAGAACUGAGACAGAAGGUCUUCUGUCACAAUAUUGGGUUUUUUUGAUUUAUUAAAUAUUUCCUGUGGUGUGAGGUUACUUAUUAAAUCCACAGACAUUGAGUGA